AGCAGAUCUUCUCCCCUAGUGCAGGCCAGCGCUCAACGUGGCGUGGAGGGAGGCCUACUCGUCUCACCAUGGUGCUGCCACCACCUGACAAGCGCCACGUGUGUCUGACCACCAUUGUCAUCAUGACCAGCAUGGCCUUCAUGGAUGCCUAUCUGGUGGAGCAGAACCAGGGGCCCCGCAAGAUCGGCGUCUGCAUCAUUGUGCUGGUGGGGGACAUCUGCUUCCUCAUCGUGCUGCGCUAUGUGGCAGUGUGGGUGGGGGCAGAGGUGAAGACAGCCAAGAGGGGCUAUGCCAUGAUCCUUUGGUUCCUGUACAUCUUCGUGCUGGAGAUCAAGCUGUAUUUCAUCUUUCAGAAUUACAAAGCUGACAAGAAGAACCUGGAGACAGUGGCCAGGAAAGCCUUGACCCUGCUUCUGUCCAUCUGCGUACCAGGGCUUUACCUGGUGUUGGUGGCCUUGGACAGCAUGGAGUAUAUACGGACCUUUCGGAAGAAAGAGGACCUGCGGGGGCGUCUCUUCUGGGUGGCCCUUGACCUGCUAGAUAUCUUGGACAUCCAGGCCAACCUGUGGGAGCCACACAGGACUGGCCUGCCCAUCUGGGCAGAGGGGCUCAUGUUCUUCUACUGCUACAUACUCCUCCUGAUCUUGCCUUGUGUGUCCCUCAGUGAGAUCAGCAUGCAAGGGGAGCACAUUGCCCCACAGAAAAUGAUGCUCUAUCCCGUCCUCAGCUUGGUCACCAUUAACAUUGUCACCAUUUUCAUCCGGGCCAUCAACAUGGUCUUGUUCCAAGACAGCAGGGUCUCCACCAUCUUUAUUGGCAAGAACAUCAUUGCAAUAGCCACCAAGGCGUGCACAUUCCUUGAGUACAAGCGACAGGUGAAGGAGUUCCCCCAGAAUGCCAUCGCCCUGGAGCUCCAGCAGAACUCCCUCUCCCACAACCAGACUGUCCACAGCGCACAGGGCAUUCCCCACGAGCCAUCACCCACUAGCGAGAUCCUCGACACAUGAUGGAUCACCCCGAGCCAAGCCUUGGUU